CAGAUAAGGAGCGUCAAAAUUGUAGAUUUAGUUUGGAUUUUUCAACUUGUGCUUCACAUGUAUGAAUCGAUGGCACUUUUAAGAGGUCUUUCAUUUGUAAACCUGAUUUGCCUUACCUACGGAUAUUACUAUGUGUCACUUCCAAAAUACGUAUCCCCUGGUACGCCCCUGACCGUAGUAGUCCAUGUGACCCAGUCUGGGGGCCCGGUAUCUUUUCUGGCAGAAAUUGUAGCUUCCAACCAUUCGGACGUAGCCAGUGUCAGGAAAAACAUUGUCAAUGAUGUUCCUGAAAGCUUGACGGUUAUGGUUCCUAGCGACCUUCCCAAAGAUACAAGAUACAAGAUAGUUGUGUCUGGGUCUGGAGGACUUUCCUUCCAUAAAGAGGCUAAACUGUCCUAUGAAGAGAACAUCCUGGUUUUCAUCCAGACUGAUAAGACACGUUACUCUGGCGGUCAACAAGUUAAAUAUAGGGCAGUGUUCUUGUUGCCGACUCUUGCGAACUUCAACGGUAGCGCUGUUAUUUCAUUCUACGAUGGCAAUGGAAACAGAAUAGAGAAAAGAGGGCCGACCGCAAUAUCAGACGGUGUGAUUGGCGGAGCCCUUGAUUUAAGCAGGGAACCUGUUUUCGGCGAUUGGAAAAUUGAAGUUAAUGUUCUGCAAACAACCGUUUCGAAGCAGUUUAAGGUGUUCGACUACAUUUUGCCGAAGUUUAGUGUGGAACUGACUUUGCCGCAAAACAUAAAAUCAACAGAUCAGAGCAUAACUAUUUCAGUGAAAGCGAGAUAUACGUUCAAUAAAGACGUUAUCGGCAUUUGCACCAUUCAGAUAUAUAACGCAGACUACCAGCAACGAAAUUUGGAAUUUGAACAGGAGAUAAGAGGAACAACACAUUUUAAUAUUGACAUGCAUGACCUAGAAGGACAUUUCCUUGUGCGUGGGAACAUAAAAAUUCGAGCUUUGGUAACAGACAAUGCAACUGCACUAACAAUGGCUGAAGAAAAAGAUUUAAAAAUCGAUGUACAGAAACAAGAUAGAUGGAAAAUCAAACAAACACUCGAUAGGGAAGGAUUUUUACCAGGUCUAACUUAUUCAACGAUUGUUCGUCUAACUAACCACGAUGAUGCUCCUCAUAGAUCAGGGGUAUUUAAAUACGCAGCAACAUUUCAUCGAGUUGAUAAAAUGACUUGUCCUGCUGGAUCAGUUCAAAACGAAACAUUAAACGUGACUUAUACUUAUCUAAAAGGCGCCGCUGCAUACGACACUUCUGGUUUCGCUGUGAUCACAUUCUUGGUACCACCAGGGCCUAUUGAAAAAAUCGAACUGUUAGUAAGCGAUCAAUAUACAGGAGCAAUAAUGUACAGAUACUUGUACUCCUUUUCAAGGCAUUCAGUUCCGAUUCUUCGAGUUUGGACAAACACACCUGAUGUUAUGGUUGGAGAUAUAAUUGAUCUGCGUGUAGAGUCAACACAAGCCUUGGUUGGAAAUGUCACAAUGGAGUUUUACUCACGGGGGAAAAUGAUACGACUCAUUCAAGCACCUGCCAGCAAUUCAAGGAUAAUAGGUCUUAAUGUUCCGAUAUCAGCAGACAUGUUUCCCCGGUUGUUCCUCAUGGUGUCACACAUAACACAGUCCGGACACAUUCUAUCGGACAAUGUAGUGAUCCAAGUCCAAGGGAAGCCCUUUAUUAACAAGGUGGAAGUUACAUUUAACACAACACUGACCACACCACGGCAAACAGUCGACAUGAAAGUGAAAGCAGAUCACGGAUCGACCGUUUAUAUAUUAGUUGAGGACGAACGGAAUCGCUUGCUUGGAUCAGACAAUGACAUUUACGCAAAUGAGAUAAUCGACGAAGUUCUUAGAGUAUCUCACAACACGUCUUCUAAUCUUGGGUGGAGAGGAAAAUAUGUUGGUAGAGACAGACGCGAGUAUGGCUUGUACGGCGAUACAGAUGACGGUUAUUUGCAAACAGGAUUGAUACUCUUUACAGACGGGACAUUCUUUGAAAGAAGAAAUGCGUAUGAUUUGCUUUUGUUCAGUGGAUUGACCGAAAAUGAUUGUGAUGGGUAUCUACAACCUCUACUUUAUGGUUGUAAAACAAGUGGAGAAAUUCAUCUGACGCGUGAGGUGCCCGACUCGAUGACGUCAUGGAUUACAUCAGUAUUUGCGACAAAUGACCAGAGCGGCUUCGGAAUUGCAGAAAAUAUACCUAAGGUCACUGUACGAAACGAUUUCUUCAUAACAAUGGACCUCCCAGAAACUAUCGUGCAAAGAGAAGAAUUCCUUCUGCAAAUUACUGUAUUCAACUAUCUUCCGAGUACGCAACAGGUCUCUGUCCAAAUUCAACAUUCGGACGACAUAAAUCAUCCUAUACCGGCUGCAAGUAUAACAAUGGUGGACUCAAUAGGAAACACAAUUGAUAGUUUAAUUCGUCUUUCGUUACAAUUAGAGGUAAAUUCCGGAGAAGGUAAAUCUACUUAUGUGCACUUUACUCCAACUUCAACUGGCAGCAUAACAAUAACUGCGGAGGCUAGAGCAGGGGAUCUCCUCAGAGCUGCUGCAGUUGAUCAAGUACAAAAACAAGUGAAUGUUGUGCCAUACGGAAUUAUUAAAAGGGAAAAUGUUCAGGAACUCGUUAAUUUGACUCAUGGAUCGAGCUCACAUCUUAGCGUAUCUCUACAAGACCCACAGCAUAUGGCCCCGGGUAGUAAAACUGUUACAGUUAAGAUGACCGGAAACUUCAUGAAGCCAAGCAUUAAUGGUCUACAGAGGUUACUGAUAAUGCCGCAUGGUUGUGGGGAACAAAAUAUGGUUGACUUUGCACCUGACGUUUACAUUGCUACAUAUUUGAAAACGGUUGGAAAACUUACUAAGGAGAUAGAGGAUAAGGCCGUGCUGCAAGUAAAAUUCGGUUAUCAGAACCAGCUGAGAAGUAUGCAUCGGGAUGGCUCAUUCAGUGCUUUUGGGGAAAGUGAUCUGUCUGGUAGUACAUGGUUGACUGCUUUCGUACUUAAAUGUUUUGGUCAAGCACGCUCAAUAGUCACUGUAGAUGACCAGGUAUUGUCUAAAUCUAUGGUAUGGCUUCUUGGACAACAGGAUCAAGACGGCUCGUUCAGAGAACCUGGGAAGUCAAUGAGAUGGGUUGACCAAUCAGGAACCAAGACCGGUGUUUCUCACACAGCGUUUAUUUUGAUCGCGAUGCUCGAAACCAGAGGAUUCAAAUUAGUAGCAGAUUCCCGUUUGAAUAAUGCAAUCACGAAGGCAAUGCAUUAUUUGGAGGCCCAGAUCAACGACCCACACGACAUGUACACUGUUGCGGUGUUAUGUUACGCCUUGGCGAAAUCUGGCAGUAGCAUAAGUCCGUCUUGCUUGAACAAAUUACAAACUGGAGCUUUAAACCAAGGUGAUAAAACGUAUUGGCAACAUUCUCGGAUGGUAAACAAACGGGCAGACUCGAAAGCGGCGCCAUCACGGGCUCCAUCACUUGAUAUUGAGGCAACAUCUUACGCUCUUCUGACAUAUAGUGAACUCGGGAAACGGAAUGAGGGACGUAAAGUUGUCAACUGGCUUGUGUCACAAAGGAACCCGUCAGGCGGUUUUGCAUCGACUCAGGACACUGUUGUGUCGCUUCAAGCUUUGUCCGAGUUUGCAGCCCGCUUUCCAAUGGACCCGGCUUCAUUUUCCAACUACGGACUGCAUCUGAACACGACUGGAAAUAAUUUCGUGCAUGAAUAUCAGAUAACCCCGGCAACCUACGAUACCACUUAUAGUUUCGAGGUGCCGUCCAACGUGCCGAGCAUAAACAUCUACACAACUGGUGAAGGAGUUGCGGUGAUUGACGUUACGACCUCCUACUAUAUCCAAAGCGAUCUUCAAGACCCGCGCAUCAGUAUAACUGCAGCCAUUAUAAAGGAAUCCCUUAACUCUCUCACUGUGCACAACUGCAUGCGUUGGACAGGCCAGACACCUAGCGGAAUGCUCCUUAUGGAAGUGGAAAGGCCAACUGGUUUCAUGACGGAUGUCGACAAACUCAACGCCCAAACCAUUAUCAAACGACAGGAAAGGAACGGCCGGUUUCAUGUUCUUUACUUUGAUAGUCUAGCGGGAAAUUCGCAAGUGUGUGUGGAUGUCAAAAUGGAUCGUUCGGACCCUGUUGUGAAAAGCCAAGCAUGUCAUGUGAUGGUAUAUGACUACUAUGAGCCAUCUUACCAAGCUGUUACAACCUACGAGUCAGGGAUUCUAAAAAGCACCACUAUUUGCCAAGUAUGUCCCUUGUGUGAAUGGUGCAAUGAGCUUUCCUUCCCGCAGAUUGGCGUUGGUCGGUAAAGUUCUUCUCAAUUUGAUUGAAAGCUUGGUCAGUGUAAAAAAACUAGAUAAAAUUCCCGAAGUUU